GCGCGGCGGCGCCCCGCCUUCUGCCUCCGUCCUCAGUUCCCCGCCCCCUCCUGGUUUCGCGUCUCCAAGCCCGUCGCACCCGCUAUAAUCACGUGAUUGCCUCAUCCGGGUCCUUUGCGUUCUCUCUCCCUCUCCCAACAUGGCGGCCUCAGCAAAAAAGAAGAAUAAGAAGGGGAAGACCAUCUCCCUAACAGACUUUCUAGCUGAGGAUGGGGGUACUGGUGGAGGAAGCACCUAUGUCCCCAAACCAGUCAGCUGGGCUGAUGAAACAGACGACCUGGAAGGCGAUGUGUCAACAACUUGGCAUAGUAACGAUGACGAUGUGUAUAGGGCACCUCCAAUUGACCGUUCCAUCCUUCCCACUGCUCCACGGGCUGCUCGGGAACCCAAUAUCGACCGGAGCCGUCUUCCCAAAUCACCACCCUACACUGCUUUCCUAGGAAACCUGCCCUAUGAUGUGACAGAAGACUCCAUUAAGGAGUUCUUUAGAGGACUAAAUAUCAGUGCUGUACGCUUACCACGUGAACCCAGCAAUCCAGACAGGUUAAAAGGCUUUGGCUAUGCUGAAUUUGAGGACCUGGAUUCCCUGCUCAGUGCUCUGAGUCUCAAUGAAGAGUCUCUAGGUAACCGGAGAAUUCGAGUGGAUGUUGCUGAUCAAGCACAGGAUAAAGACCGGGAUGAUCGCUCUUUUGGUCGAGACAGAAAUCGGGAUUCUGACAAAACAGACACGGACUGGAGGGCCCGUCCUGCCGCAGACAGCUUUGAUGACUACCCACCUAGAAGGGGCGACGAUAGCUUUGGAGACAAGUAUCGAGAUCGUUACGAUUCAGACCGGUAUCGGGAUGGAUACCGGGAUGGGUAUCGGGACGGCCCACGUCGAGAUAUGGAUCGCUAUGGGGGCCGGGAUCGCUAUGACGACCGAGGCAGCAGAGACUAUGACCGAGGCUAUGACUCCAGGAUAGGCAGUGGCAGAAGAGCAUUUGGCAGUGGGUACCGUAGGGAUGAUGACUACAGAGGAGGUGGAGAUCGCUAUGAAGACCGAUACGACAGAAGGGAUGACCGGUCAUGGAGCUCCAGGGAUGAUUACUCUCGGGACGAUUAUAGGCGUGAUGACAGAGGUCCCCCCCAAAGACCCAAACUGAAUCUAAAGCCUCGGAGUACUCCUAAGGAAGAUGAUUCCUCUGCUAGCACCUCCCAGUCCAGCCGAGCAGCUUCUAUAUUUGGAGGGGCAAAACCUGUUGACACAGCUGCUAGAGAAAGAGAAGUAGAAGAGCGGCUGCAGAAGGAGCAGGAGAAGUUGCAGCGGCAGCUGGAUGAGCCAAAACUAGACCGCCGGCCGCGGGAGAGACACCCAAGUUGGCGAAGUGAAGAAACUCAGGAAAGGGAACGGUCAAGGACAGGAAGUGAGUCAUCGCAGACUGGGGCCUCAGCCACAUCUGGUAGAAGUAAGUCAGGCCAGGAUACACGAAGGAGAGAGAGUGAGAAGUCUCUAGAAAAUGAAACCCUCAGUAAAGAAGAAGACUGUCACUCUCCAACCUCCAAACCUCCUAAACCCGAUCAGCCUCUAAAGGUAAUGCCAGCCCCUCCACCAAAGGAGAAUGCGUGGGUGAAGCGAAGCUCUAACCCUCCUGCUCGAUCUCAGAGCUCAGACACAGAGCAGCAGUCCCCUACAAGUGGUGGAGGGAAAGUAGCUCCAGCUCAUUCCUCUGAGGACGGACCAUCAAGGAAAGAUGAAAACAAAGUAGAUGGGGUGAGUGUCUUAAGAGGCCAAACUGGGAGCUCCAGUCGCGGUCCUGGAGACGGAGGGAGCAAAGACCACUGGAAGGAGUUGGAUAGGAAAGAAGGCAAAAACGAUAAAGACUCGAGAUCUGCACCUGAGCCAAAGAAACCUGAGGAGAGCCCGGCCUCUAAGUUCAGCUCUGCAAGCAAGUAUGCUGCUCUCUCUGUGGAUGGUGACGAUGAGACUGAGGGAGAAGACCACACUGAGUAGACCUCCACACGCUGUGCUUUCUUCUAGUCUCCACCCCGGAACACUCAAGGGCAAAUCAAACCUCUAUCCAGACAAGAAAAAAAUAAAACUCACCAUCUCCUGGAGACCUUUCUUAACUUUUUUUAAUGAAAUGAAAUUGUUUUGCAUGCUGCUGCAGCCUUUUAAAGUAUUGAAGUAACUGGAGAAUCAAUCACCAUCGUAGCCCGAGAGAUGUGGCUCCUGCUUUUGAAUGGGGAGGUUGUAAUGUGUUCUGAGGAUACCAAGCGGCUACCUGGGGCUCCAUUCAGCGAGACUGUAGUGACAGACUCAGUCGCAUAAGUUAAGCAGUAGAGAAAGGCACAAGGAAGAGUGAGAUUUCUACCUUUUAAUUCAUACCCUGUGAUGGCACCUAUGAAUUCCCCAGACAUGUGAAUAAAUUUCCCACCCUUGGAAAAGUGGAUUCAGUCUCCAGGUAUUUUAGUCUCCAGGAGGCUGCCAGCCCUUCUGCUUUAUCUCUGACUUAACUGGGGCCAGCCUAGACGGAAUUGUUUUUUGUUUGUUUACCCCCCAAGGGGGUAGUUGGGAAUGAGUCUACAGGCCACUAACAAGUAGUAUUGCUUGGGGACCAAAAUAAAUGGGAAGCUCAAUCGUGGUUUGAAAAGCUUUGGAGUGAUCAAUUAUUUUAUACCAGGUAGUGUGGGAAAUGGUGUGACUUCCAAUAGACGCAUGAAUAGAAUGGAUUCCUGGAUGAGGAAGCACUUAGCGGUUAUGGGAAAUUCCAGUCUUCUAAGAUCUGUCCUUUCUAGAGGUUCAAAUAUAUCUACAUUAUUAAAACCUUAUCACUGGUCAUCUCAUGUUCUUGAUGACACUUAGCCUUCCAAAGACUUUAGUCUGUAAGUCUGUACCUGUUCCUACAGGCAUUUAUUUUAUUGGCCACCGGGAGCUGUGGCCUGAGGAAUCCCUGCUUUUCUGAAACAAACCAGCUCUAUGCUGUCUGAUUCCGGUCCCUGCCGCCUGCCUGCUCCUGCUGCUGUCAGAGUGUUUCAGUUGAUGGACUUGGUGACAUGGGAAGAGUUGAGUUAAAGGUCUUCAGCCUUGCUGGGCUGUGAGGUUUCUAUACAUUUCCUUCACUGGAACCCCAUACUGGUGCUUGGGUUUCUAAUGUGACCUAAACUGUGGCUUUCUGUUUAUAAGGGUUGGUUUCCUGACUUCCCUCAAGAAUAAAGGAUAAUGCAAAGAAGUAUUGAAUAGGUUCUUGCUUCUCUUGCAACACAGUAGCUUGAUGUCUGCUUUGAUCUGAGCCUUGAUGUAAGGAUCAGCUCCAAAGAGGCCAAGCUUCCCUGUUGUAGGAUGUCAGGAUACCUGCAGACAAAUGAGAACUUGGUCCUGAUGAGCAAGCCCUAGGCCUGCUGUGCGGGAGCUUUGGUUCAGUGUGCUGCAGCAGUGGGCAUAGCAGCUCACUUGAUUGGCUAGUAGCUGGGAAGUGGGCUUUAGUGAAAGACCCACCGCUGAAUGGGUUCUUUAAACAGUUGGUUGUGGACAAUGAAAAGGUAGUUUGCCCUCUUCAUGUCUAUUUCCCUUCCAGGUAGUUGCAUCCAGAAGAAAGCUGUUCUGUCCCACUCUCCACUCCUGUUAAAAUAUAACAGGGGUUGACUUAUGUCCCGCUCCUGAAUACAUGUAAAAUUUGUACAAAAAUAUCUUCUAUGAAAAUGAUUUGUAAUCUGUAGACAUUAUUACUUGGGAGAUGUCUUGAGAUGUAAAAUCCCAUCCUUUGGGUCGAGGGUUUUUUGUUUUUCUCCAAUAAAUCCAGUCUUUAAAGUUGAA